AUGUCUAAAAACGAACCAAUUCCAUUCCCUGGUCCUUCUUCACCGGAAAGACUUAAUCUCUCUCCAACCACAUCCCACACAAAGGAGCACAGACGAAGAAGAUCUUCUUCACUAAUAUCGAAGGUGGAACCAGAAACAUUUGAAACGAAGCAGGACCAGGAUAUUCAAGAUAAUAUGAAUGCAAAUUGGGUUCAUUUUAAAGGAGCAUGGAUAAUUCAUAUCGUGAUUAUAAUGCUCCUAAAAGUAUUCUAUGAUUUGGUACCAAUAUUUAGUAACGAGACAAGCUGGACACUUACGAACGUUACUUAUGCAAUCGGCUCUUAUAUUAUGUUUCAUCAGAUUAAAGGCACGCCGUUCGACUAUAAUAACGGUGCCUUCGACAAUUUGAAUAUGUGGGAACAAAUAGAUAAUGGGGCACAGUUUACACCUGUUAAGAAAUUUCUUCUUGGCGUCCCUAUUUUUCUUUUCUUGAUUUCCACCCAUUAUUCUAACUAUGACUUAACACUAUUUGUUAUCAAUUUACUUGCAUGUCUCCUAGUUGUGAUUCCAAAGUUACCAUAUAGUCAUCGUGUCAGAAUUAAUAUUCCAUAUCUAACAGACCAACAGAUUAUAAAUUAA